GGCAACCGCUCUCGGAUUUUCUUUUUCUUUUUUUCUUUUUUUUUCAGAGGACCACGUUUUCUUGUAUUAAUCUUAAACGCGUCCAGAUUUCAACUCUAAGCUUGGGUUGAAUUGUUUGACCGCCACAAGCCAAGGAGUGCUUGAUCUUCCGCUCUUAUGAGCAGGGAAUAUUCACUACAACCGCGGCCCAGUCCUUUGUCCAGCAACGACUGGAAACCAUACAUUCAUCAUGGCCUCGCCAACCCAAAAUGACGAGGCCGACGCAGCGCCCAAAUAUUCAAUCCCUUCUCGGAGGCUGGGUGCGCUGGAGCAUCCUUUGAUCAUCAAGAACCUCGACAAGGGAAUCAAGACGCUCGGGCAGCACAAUGCUUUCCACGCAAUCCUCGAUUCAGCUAGCCCGCAGAUCUCAGUGCCGCUGUAUCUGCGCUACGACAACCCAACAGCAAGGCCACUGACAUCUCACAAUGCGUUAACCCACAAUGUUGUCUUGAAAGUCACAGUCCCAAAGCGCACUGGGAGGAAACGCAAACGAGGCACCGACGGUCCGUGGGAGGGGAGGAUUGAGCAACCUGCUCCUGCCGGAGGAGACUCGGUCGUUUGCCCUGAGGUCCUUUCGCGGGAUAGACUCGACACUCCGCGAGUAAUUCGGCGCAAGCUUCAGGACAACAUCGGGAAGUACACGGUCGAGCCGAUCGGUGUCAUCAACAACACCCAUCGCUAUAGAGGCCUCGCUGAUUUCCAGUACGCCCUGGGAGAAUCCAAGUUCAUGAAAAAAUUCGUCGAGAAGGUCCUCCCCGGCGACGUUGCAAAGCUGAAGGAAUUUUCCCUCCAACCAGGCAUUGACUCUGGGCCCAACAUCGACCUGAUACCUCCCCCCUAUUUCACCCCCAUCAGCCUCCCAUUCGGCUACAACUAUGCGCAGAACCCCCACACCAAGGAGGUCAGCCCCGGUCCUUCCGACAUCUCCGGGUCGGAAGCCGAAGACCAGGAAUGGGCGCGGGUCGUCAACGUCACCUCGCGCGUCCCCGCAGCCGGCUACUUCAUCGCCCACGACGAGUACCCCGUGCCCGCGGGCCCCCGCCGGCAACCCGACAUGUCAGACCCGCAGGUGGCAGCCAUCAUCACCGAGAUGCGCGUGGCCAUGGAAGAGCGACCCAUCUGGACGCGCCGCAGCAUGUGGAACCGGCUGGGCGCAAAGUUUGCCGAGCUGCCCAAGAACGGCGGGCUCGUGCGCCACUGCCUGCAGUACGCCGGCUACCAGUUCAAGGGCGGACCCUGGCGCGACGCCCUCGUCAAGUACGGCCUCGACCCGCGCUCCGACCCGAAGUACCGCGUCUACCAAACGCUCAUCUUCAAGCUGCACAAGUCGCGCAUCGGCAGCGUCGGCCGCUCCUGGCAGGCCGUGCGCCGCAGGGAGAUCGGCGUGUCUAACUUUGGCAAGGCCUGGCAGGACCUCGGCAGCAGCGGCGACAGCGCGCUGCUGCACACGCACGUCUUUGACGGCCAGUCGUUCAGCACUGACGGCAAGGUCUGGCAGGUGUGCGACAUCACGGACCCGCUGCUGGCGAGGCUAUUCGCCGAUGCCGAGGUCCGAGCCGACUGCGACGUUGAGGUCAGCGGCUUCUACCACCGCGUGCUGUGGUCCGUGGCCAAGGCCAUCAUGAAGUGCAAGAUGGUCGCCAUCCGGUUCAACCGCACGCUGACCGACAGGGAUUUCAGCGCCGCUCUGGAGGUGGCCAACAAGGGCGCGUCGCACGACGGCGGUGACGGCGGCGGCGCCGCCGCCGCCGCGCAGCAGGGGACUAGCAUUGGCAUCAGCCUGCCGGAUCUGCAGCUGACGGACGCCGAGUACGACCAGUUGCGCGGCGGCAAGUCUAGGCCGCGGCCGGGCAAAUCCAAGACGUCCAAGCGCGAAGUCGUGGAAGGACUCGGCCGCAAAAGGAGGAUGCACUGUCGCGUGCGGAUCCCGGUGAAGGAGGCCGAAGAACGCGAGGCAGCCAAGAUGAUCAAGCUGCUUACGCAAAAUGCGCAUGAACAGAAGGCAGGUGACGAGGCGGCUGCUCGCGCUCCAGGGGCAGCGGCCGCGGAGGGGGGUGCUGGUGAGAAGUUCGCAGAUGGCGCCGGGAAGAUUGCCGGCGCUGCCGGUUUGGGAGCAGAUGAGGAAGAAGAGGGAAGGGAACAAGAACAAGGGGAGGAACGCGCAUUCCAGGAAAUCCUUGAGGAUAUGGAUGAGGAAGGCAGCGAGGAUGAAGAAGAGGACGAGAUUGAGGAGGGUGAGCAAGAGGAGCUUACUCCGAGGAAACGGCCGUCGUUGCAGGAUCGUGAUGAGGUGGACGAGGUGGAAGAAGAGGAGGAGGAGUAUGAGGAAGGCGGGUAUUCUGACGAAGACGACCAAGAUGAUAUGGAGGAUGAAGACGAAGAGGAGGCCGAGUAUGGCCGUGAAGAGGACGACGACGUAAAAGGGUUCGGUGAAGAGGAACUUCACGAUGAAGUGGGCGAGGAGUCCCCGCAGCCGUGGGAGGAGGAUCAGGGCGAUGUGCAGCAGUAUGGCAACGGCUACUAUGAUUAGUCGGUGUCGGUUACUCGACCUACCUUGAAGGGCUGAACAGAAUUUGAUAGCUUGCUUCGUCGCUGUACUUGAACGGGAAUGACGCUUGAACACCCUCG